AUGCAAGCCCAGGCUCCUGCGUGCAUCAUCGGCGAGAUUGCCACAGCAGUCGUGAGUGAUGGGAGCCAAGCGCAAAGCCUGAGGGAUGCUGCAAAGGUGGACAAGCAUCACAGUGAGCGAAAUGCCCACCGCUUGUUUAACCGAUAUGGUUUGGCACUCAAGGUUCCAAUUUCCACAUUAAGUGUUCCUGAAAGUAGUGGGCAGGAUGAGAUCUCAAUUCCGUACUUGAAAGUGACUGACUACUUGCAAGUCUUGCUAAACAAGUACGAGGAAGUCUUGCUUGGGGGGUUGAAGGUGGACCAAGCGGAGGGUAUGCUGUCCAAGUUUUGGUCCUGCUUCAAGAGCUACCACAAGGAUCAUGUUGCUUUUACCUCUCUGAGUGACUCAGAGCGGCGCCGCUGCAUACCAGUACUAGUUCAUGGAGACAAGGGUAGGACCCUUCAAAAAUCCCCUAUUUUUGUUCUCACUUUUGAACUUCCUGUCGGCCUACCCCCUGCCAUGCUCAAACGAACUCGGUAUGACCAGAGGCGCGAACACUUGCAAAACCCGAACAGUAGGCUGAGGAUGCCUUGCCAGCAACGUGCACGAUUUUUCGGGAAGCGCAAGUUUGAGGAGAUGAGUUUUGAUGGGUGCCCUCUGGAGCAUGGGUGUGGGGACUACCUACGACACAAUUCCAAAGGUCACUCUUUCUUGAGCCGCUUCCUGAUUGCAGCCGUGCCGUCGAAGGUUUACAACAGAAACCAGGAAGUGUUGCCCUGCCUGCUGAAGGAAGUCGCUGGGCAGUUCGAGCAGCUGCUGCAUCGUGGCCUAGUUCACGCCAAGUCAGGCUUGAACUUCAAGUUUGCGUUCAUUGGGGCUAAGGGGGAUGCUGAGUGGCACUGGGAAGCUGCCAAGUACAAUAGGAGCUAUCAUCGAACAGGUGUGGUCAACAUGACAAAGAUAUGCCCCUGGUGUGAUGCCGGUGCCGAAGGCGCUAGCUUCACAGAUUGCAGUGAUGCACCCGAGUGGCUGCCAACGAUGGCGGCCAGUGAUCCGUGGGACACGCUUCCGCCGCUGAACCAUGCACCAUUCAGCGCCCGCUUUCCAGCCAACAUGUACAAGUUCGACCCCUUCCACGUGCUAAAGUUUGGUGUGUUCCGCGAUUGCGUUGGUAGCUGUAUCGUGCGGCUGGCUGCGAUGCGAUACUUUGAUUUUGACCCGGGAGAUUCCAAAGGAAUCCUGCAAAGACUUCAGAGAGCUUACUCCAUGUACAAGCUGUGGGGUCUUGCAGAGGGCAAGAAUAUCUAUCUGAAGGGCUUCACCAAAUCCAACUUCAAUUUCGAGAAAUACAGCAAGUUUCCCUGGGUGAAUGCCAAAGGUUCGGAAGUUACCCUUCUCAUGAUGUGGCUAGAGUUUUACCUCCAGCUAGUCCUCAAGGAAUUGAAGCUGGAAGAGGAUCGCCUACCGGUGUCGGCCAUGCUCCAGAUGAUGCGUGGCGGCUUGUCAUAUGUAGGAGUUAUGCACAGCCACGGGCUCAGUAUGCCAAACUCUUGCGGAAAGCUACUUCUGGAGGCUGGCUUUACGUUUUUGAGGGGGUACACAUGGAUGGCGAACCACUGCACGGGCAUAGGGGUGUCGGGGUUUCGACUCCGCCCCAAAUUACACUAUAUGCACCAUCUUUUACAAGAGACGAAGGAUCAGGUAGCAACCGGUGCAGAAAUCAUCUCUCCUGUAAUGUUCCUAUGUGAGCAAAACGAGGAUUGUAUAGGGAGAUUGAGUAGGGUAAGCAGGAGAGUGAGUGCUGCAACGGCGAGUUUGAGGACCACUCAACGGUAUUUGGUGAAGAUUCGAUGCCUACUUGAAAAGCUCCUCGACCGGCAGUGA